CAAACUUUGAAUUACACUGCGAUUAAUUGGUUACAAACUUUGUUUCAAUAGCGGUAAUACAUCAUAUCAACUAAAAAUAGACCGUGAUAAAAAUAAAGUUUGGAACCGAACAGCGUGCAUUAUUCAACCGGUGCGCUACAUCAUGGCAAGAACGUAUGACCAAGAACUGGCAUUUCUGGAAAAGAUCACCCCAACUUGUUGGAAAAUCAAGAAAGGCUUUGUCCCAAACAUGAAUGUUGAAGGUGUUUUUUACGUAAAUAACUUUCUCGAAAAACUUAUGUUUGACGAACUACGAAAUUUUACCCGUAGUGGAGAUUAUGGUGGAUUCCUACCAGGUAUGAAGCAAAUAGGGAAUGUUGCAGCGUUGCCUGGAAUUGUCCAUCGUUCAGUCGGCUUACCUGAUGUACAUUCUGGAUAUGGCUUUGCCAUCGGUAAUAUGGCUGCAUUUGACCUGACCAAUCCAAAAUCAGUAGUUUCACCCGGUGGUGUUGGAUUCGACAUCAAUUGCGGAGUCCGACUUAUACGCACAAAUCUGAAUUUAAAAGAUGUUCUUCCAGUGAAAGAAAAGUUAACUCAGACUUUGUUUGAUCAUAUUCCUGUUGGUGUUGGUUCCAAGGGUAUCAUACCGAUGGAUGCUCAAGCUCUGGAAGAAGCUUUAGAAAUGGGUAUGGAUUGGUCUUUGAGACAAGGGUAUGUCUGGGCGGAAGAUAAGGAACAUUGUGAAGAGUAUGGUCGUAUGCUUCAAGCUGAUCCUUCUAAAGUUUCUUCACGAGCGAAAAAACGUGGUCUUCCGCAACUUGGGACUCUUGGAGCUGGUAAUCAUUACGCUGAGAUACAAGUUGUAGAAGAAAUUUUCGACAAACAUGCAGCAACUAAAAUGGGCAUCAAUCAUUUAAAUCAGAUAGUACUAAUGAUUCAUUGUGGGAGUCGAGGAAUGGGUCAUCAAGUUGCAACAGAUGCUUUGGUCGCCAUGGAAAAAGCAAUGAAACGUGAUAAAAUCGAAGUAAAUGAUCGACAGUUGGCCUGUGCACACAUUAAUUCUGAAGAAGGUCAAGAUUAUUUGAAAGCAAUGGCAGCGGCUGCCAACUAUGCCUGGGUUAAUCGAUCUUCUAUGACAUUUCUUGCAAGACAGGCUUUUGCGAAAAUUUUCCAUUCUACACCAGAUGAUUUAGAUAUGCAGAUUAUAUAUGAUGUAUCACAUAAUAUCGCUAAGGUAGAAGAACAUUGGGUAGAUGGCAAAAUAAAAACGUUAUUAGUUCAUCGUAAAGGAUCUACUCGAGCAUUUCCACCUCAUCAUCCCUUAAUUCCUGUUGAUUAUCAGGUUAGCAUUUGUUUAUGUUAAAAUCAUGUGAUUUAACGGCUGAUAACUAUAAUUGUAGUUUUGUUUCGCGAACAGCAGCCAAGAACUAGGAGUGCCUAUGGAACUCUUCAGCUCUACAAAUCCACGGCUCUGUCGAGGACCUUUGAGUCUUGCAAUGAUAGCUUAGUGCUAGGGCCACUGAUUUGUCAUCUAUUGGUUCGCAUUCUUAACUAUAGUUAGGUUGCGAUAUUAAGCGACCAUCAUCCACUGCCGUUACCAGUGGAGUUCAAUCAUAUCGGUCGUAAGACAAGCGUGUUAUCACUUGUACUAAAACAUACACAAUGACUUAAAUUUUUUCCUGUUUAUACUUAUCAUGAGAACGUGAUUCUAUUCAAUUGAUUUAAAUCACAUCCACUUCAUACAUCCUUUCCCAUUUACUCCUUGAAUUUAGGGGUCCAUAUCAAAUCCCUGAAUGUAACCUAAGGUGCUGUUUAUACUUUUAUGGCUCGAUUCUUAUCAACUCGUCGCUUUCUUGAAUAAAUUCAUUUGGUUGUUAGUUCCCUAAAAAACAUAUACAAAAGGUUUACAAUAGUCAAUUUUAUUCACAAUGAAAACCAUUUGUGUUCGAUGGAUACAUUGUUCAAGCCCGAGAGUUACUUGCUUGCGCAUGAAUUUUGUUUUUGAAGCUGUCUUGGGAAUUCCGAUAGACACAAACUUUUUGUAGUCUACACCUACUAGCAUUACUCAAACAAAACAGACAGUGGCUCCAUAAACUGAUGUCUAAUUUCUGCUUGACUAAAACUGCACGUCACGGUAGUCCCUGGCUGCGCCUACGUAACAUGUUGCAACCUCUUCAGUCGAUGAAAACUCAUAACAAUAUUAACAGAUUUGUCAACUUUCCUCACAAUCAUACGUCUUACCUCACUACUGAUCACUUUGUUGUUCGACAAGCAAUACUUUUAAGACACCUAUGAUCAAAAAUUUGCACCUUUCUGUCUUCAUAGACCGUUUUUGAUAGUCAGUCAGUCAGCUACAACGUAGGACCAGGCACAUAUAUGCAUCGGUCCAAGUUGCCAUACCUCAUUAAUACAACAAGAUGAGCACCGAAUUCAUAGAAGUAGUUAAUUUAGUGCUGGUAAUAUAUAAAAGAAAGAUUGUAUAUAAGGAUAUAGUACAGGAAGAAAGAUAUGUAUGAAGCAAUUUUAAUCUCAGGGUUUAGGGGAAGACAAAGAGUGGUCAAAUACUAGCAACUUACGAGUAUCUUCUACCCUUAAUGGCCACGUUUCGCAGCUGUAAAGUAGAACAGCGCAAACUGCUGCGCAGUAUACUCGUCCCAUAAUUUAUAGACGGAUAUCUCGUCUUCGCUAUAGGUGACGUAAGUUGGCAAAAGCCAAACGAGCUUUCUGAAUCCUUACAGAGAUUUUGUUAGACACCAACUCAUUAGGGCUGAUCGGACUUCCAAGAUAAGUGAAGUUGUCGACGUGUUCGACUACUUCAUCCCAUAUCCUUAGUUCAGGUGUUGACACAGGCCAAUCAUGGAGCAACAAUUUACAUUUAGAGGGAAGAAACCUCAUGGAGGAAUUUUGAGUGAACUACCUUGCGGUAUACUCUUCCCUUAUUUUACAGGUGGAUAUAUCGGCUAGUAACUCAAUUGAUACAAGUUUGGAAAACCAACCAACCUUCAUAAUUCUUGCCAAAGAAUACCUCAGUGGUAACGUCUGACUGUGCCGUUAGAUUCGAUAAAAGUAUAUCACUAAAAAAGUAUUGUACGUACUGAUGGAAAAAUCAAGUAAUACGAUGAUUUUCUCCACUGGCGAUUAACUCGACUUGAUCGACAUUAAAAUUAAAAAUUCAACUCAUAUUAUUGAAUUGCUGAAAAAUUCCCGUCAUAUUAUUUGAUUGUUCAACAAAAUAAAAUUUCACGAUUAUUAAACUUCUUUCUAGUGGUUUGGGUACACAAGUAUUCAGCUUCGACGUUGAAGAUUUGAAUCUGGUCCUGCUUAUUUUAGUACGAGUAGUUACAUAGUAUCUUAAAAUCUUACACUUUUAUUGUUUAUCAUACUCUAACUCAUAUCUGUACGUAGUGGUUAAAACGUUGCGUUUAUAUUUUCCAGUUUAUCGAAUAGUUCAUUACAUAUGAGUGUUUUUUAUUUUUCCUUUAAUUGAAUUCAUAAUUGGGAUUCUUAACCGCUACCUUUGUUUACUACAGUUCGUAAGUUGGAUGUUUGAUUGAUCCAGUUUUUUUUUCACAGCUUACCGGGCAGCCUGUACUUAUUGGUGGCACUAUGGGUACUUGUAGUUAUGUUUUAACUGGUACUGAAAAAGCAAUGACUGAAACUUUUGGUUCCACAUGUCAUGGUGCUGUAAGUAGUAAUAAUAAGUACUUAACGUUGUGGUAAUUUUUGUUUACAAGUCAAAACGACUCGUAAAGAAUUUACUUCAUGCAUAAAAUCAAUCAAAAAUAUCAAAUUUUUCUUAUGAAAUAUAUGUUUUUCACUUAUUUUAAAUGGAUUAUACAUUUAGUAAGAAAUUCGAUGUUUCAAAUAAUCAAUUAUUGUCAGUGUUGAGCCUAACAUAAACAUAUACGGUGUCCCAAGGUGCCAUACCACAUUAUCACGUUGAGAUAAAAACAGUAAGGUGGAUAGGGAAUGAAAUCAAAAUAAUGUAGUAGAAAUGAUGAGGAGAAAAGCUAAGCACUGAGAAUAUGUUCCAAAAAGACAGAGCGUAAAGGUUUGUAUAAAGGAAUACUGGGAUCGAUGAUCGAGAGAUAAAGUAUGAAUGCUUUGGGGCAAUUAUGAACUUAAUGACUCAUCAAUCAGUCAGUCACCCCCUAGCAACAUAGGAUGCUGCACAAGUAGUUAUCAGUUCAGUUUAUCACACAUCAAAUCAGUAAAAGAACAGGAAAUUGACAGAUAUAAAAAAAAACGUACAAUAGUAAUAAUGGUAGUGGAAAAUUAAACAAAGGAUUGUUUAUAUAAGAACUCUCGUCUAAAUUAGAGCGAAUAGUUUCACAGUAUUUGAGCGCAGAGUUGAUGUAAGACAUUAAAUAGGAAUAAUAUAUAUUUGUAAAAUCUCAGCGAAUGAAUUUGUAGUAAAUCCAACUUUUCGCCUGGCAAUCUGGUCCAAGCUUUUUCAAGAAAUUAUAAUCAAACAUCAAAAUUAUCGAAUAUAAACUGGUACAUGGGUCUCCGGGUUCAUUGUACACUGAAUAGGUCAUCCAAUCAACGUUAACAAUGUCUAAACUAGGUAUGUGUAUUAGUGUGUAAGAGAUGUGUGAUGUGAAAUGAUAAGCGUUAAUAUAACAUAUUGCAUAGAGAACGUAAGGAUUGUUGUUCAAAAAUAACGAAUCAAGUUGCCAAAUGAAAGGUAUGUAGUCAUACUGUGCUGCGAAAUCUAAAGUAAAAAAAGUGAUGCAACAUUUCAACAGUAAAAAAUUCUGAAGUAUGUUACGUUGAAUAUUUAAUCAGAAUAUAAGAGUAUAUGGCGAACAUCAACCAUGGGAUGUGUAUUUAUAAAACCUUUUUAUCAACCCGAUUAAACCCAUACAACAUGAUCAUUAAGCACUGGGAGUGUGACAAUUUCACUGUCGAACCUAAACUCAUUAUAGCAAUUUAAAUUGUACCUUGAACCACAGAUAGAUUUUUCACACAAUAGUCUGUUUUACUGAUUGUCAUUUAUGUUUACAUCAAUAGUUCCAAACUCAUUCAGUUGUUCUGAUGCAAACAGUUAGCCAUAAUUAAUAAUUAAAAUGUGCAAGUCGUCUAAAACGUUUACUAAAUUAAAAAUAAAUAGUUAAAAAAAGAUUUGUCAAUUACACCCAAAAGUGUUAAUAGAAACAACUACUCGUAUCGUUAAAUAUUUCUGUCGUUUAAUUACUUGAUAAUAAUUUUCCACUCUUCUAGGCAAAACCUAGACGAUCUUUUACCAUUUAUUUCGUAACUUCUAAAAAACCAAAAUAAUUUGUGAUUGGAUUUCAGUUUUUUAUUUUCGCCUUGUUUAUUCAUCCUUUCAGGGUCGUGCAUUAUCUCGAGCCAAAUCGAGACGUAAUCUCGACUACACUGACGUUUUAGCACAGUUACAGGAAAAAGGUAUAUCAAUACGGGUCGCUUCACCUAAACUUGUGAUGGAAGAAGCUCCAGAGUCAUAUAAAAAUGUAACAGAUGUUGUAGAUACCUGUCAAGCAGCUGGAAUAAGUAACAAGGUGCUCAAAUUACGUCCGAUUGGAGUCAUCAAAGGUUAACCCUGUUUUUUCGCACCGGUCGAUACUUUCUUCCGCUUCCAACUAAAUCCAUGCAUUCAAUGCCUCUGUACACAAAAUAAAAUUGUUCUGUAUACUAUUUUUACUUGUUUGAACGGAAAAAAUGUGAUAUUUUUAAUUGUGUGAUAUUCACUACCAAAUAAAAUUAUUAUUACUAUUAUUAUU